AAAAAAAAAAAGAAAAGAAAUAAUAGAAAUAACUUAGUUACCCGCCGCCCCCAAUUCCAUCCAUCCUGCAAAAGAAAGAAAAGGCAUGUGCGGAAUCUAAGUUUCUUGAUAGUUCAACUUAGCUUUAUCUUGCUUUUAUGACUUUCUGAUAAUCUGUGAGUAGAGUUUAUAGUUUGAUCAUAUUUCUAGUUCAACUCUCAACUCCAAUUACUAGCAGAAUGUCUGGGGUAGGCGAGUUGAAAAAUGAGAGACAGAGGAUGUUUCAAUCUACAGAACCUCUCAACCCCCAUGAUUUCUUCUUUGUCAUUAUUGGGGGAGUUAACAUUUUGAAGAAUGAAAAACAACAAUGCUGGGGUGGAACUCAUCCUCAACAAACAACAGCUCAGUUAGCGCCAGGGCGGCAAGAGAGGGAAACAUUUAUCACAUUAUUCCAGCAGCUCAUGGUUAGCCCUCUCCAACCCCUAUCUGUCAACCAGAUUAACUUCAUAUCCAACAUGCCGAGUCUGACGCCAGUGACUUGCGUCCCAACCACUUUGUCAUUGGUUCCUGGAGCGUGAAAUCAGAAAGAAAAUUGGCGAGAAUUAAAAAAGGAACAGAAAGGACGAAAAUGCUAAAACACGAUAAUUGUUAUUUGUACACAUGAGCGAAAGCCGACAGGUGAGGUGGGACAUUAUUGUAAGGAAAUGAAAAUACCCCACAGUCAACAGUCGUACGGACCGUAGUUAGUUACCCUACCUACUAGUUACCUACCUACCCUAGAGUACCGUACCUGGGGCACUUGGGUACGGGGGUAAGUUACAUGGUGAAAACAGGUUUCGAAUUUGAAAACCCCCUGUUGCAUGAAAUACCCAGGAAUAAAUGAUGUAAUUAACAAUAACAAGAAGGACGAGGGCGGAAGUCCAGUUGCAGUACAACAAGGCUGGCUGACUCUUGAUGCUGUGACUUAAGAAGCGCAACGUGUGGUGCAAAUGAGUUUAGAUUAUUGAACAGUUUGGAGAAGGAUAUGAGGGUCAGUUGUGAGGCCGUCUUUUCUCUUGAUUUAAGGCUUGGUUAGUUAGCCCUGAUGUUACUAGUUAGUCUAUAACUAUAGGCAGCGUGGGGAGAGUUUGGGGAUUUGCAAUUUUGGUGAACAACACUACAAAGUAGAACUCUACGGUGAUAUGAUAGUAAUAAAUGUUAUCAUCUUCUUCAGAACAGCAUGUAACUGGCGCGGAUCCAUCUCCUCACGAAAAUGAAAACGAUGAAAAGAAAGGGGUUCCCCGAUGUAUUGAACUUUAAAAAAAAAAGGAAAAAAGAAAAAGAAAAAAAAACCAAAAAGCCCGUCCCCGCAAUCGAAGGCCUAAUAUAGCGACGGAGCUCGCCGACAAGAGUCAAUAUCAGAGGGAUACAUAGUACAAAAACGAAGAGAGCAACGUGCCACAGCAUACAAUAAUGCAUCUGGAAGCCUCAGCCCCGUCCAUAUAACCUUCCAAAACGCUUAGUUAGACAUAGCUAUAUAACCAUCCUCUUUAUGAAGUUAUAAACUUGGCCUCUUAUUACGCGGCCCAACGUACAGUGUACAUAUCAAAACAAAUCAUCUCCCAUAGCAGGACUUUCGCGAUUCUAGAGAACCACUCCUACAACAAACGCAUAACCACAUAUCCCUUAUACCAGUAGUCCGUACACACAAAAUGAAACCGGUGAAAUGAAAGACAACUAACUAUAACAUACAAAUUGUAGUCAUG